AUGACGCCCCGCAAGCUUUUCCGUAACGGACGGAUCCUGACAGAAGCUGAUGCCAGAUACGAUACACCAGUCCAAUUCGUUGACAGUAUGCUGGUUCAGGAUGGGAAGAUUACCGCCUUGGGAUCCCAUCAGGACAUUGCAGAUGGUAUCGAAGAGCUCGAAGUCCAUGACCUCCAACAGCGUGUCGUGCUACCGAGCUUCAUUGAUGGGCAUAUGCAUCUUCUACUCCUCGGUCAAUCCCUCCGUAAGGUAGACCUCACUAAAUGCAACAACCUCGAAGACAUCCGGUUAACAAUCAAGGCAUUUGCCACUGCAAACCCGCAUGUGGAUACUAUCAUGUGCAGAGGCUGGAUGCACUUUAUGACUCCAGACGGAGUAACAGCGGCUCUGAUCGAUGAUAUUGAUCCACGACCUAUCUUCAUCGAUAGCAGUACGUUGCACUCAUGCUGGUGCAACUCGGCUGCAUUGAAGGUCCUGGAUAUCGAAGACAUGCCUGAUCCGGCAGGAGGCAAGAUCCAUCGAUAUGCCGACGGCAAGCCUUCUGGUUUGCUUGAUGAGGGAGCUAUGAUGUCUAUCAUCUGGCCAUUCCAAACAAAGUCGUCUCCCAAAGAGGAACGCAUCGAAGCGAUCCGCGCCGCCAUCCAGAAAUACAACGCUGCGGGCUAUACCGGCCUGGUAGAGAUGGCCAUGGAUGAGGAGGGCUGGGAUGCCUUGGUGACAUUAUUUGGAGAGUCAGAUCAUGCUAUUCGCAUCGCGGCGUACUGGCUUAUCAGGCCUACCACAGAUCAUGAGGAGAACCUAAGACAGGUCCGGCGUGCAGGCAAGCUAAGCAGAAAGUUCAAUAGCUCAACCAGUUCGAAUCUGCGACUUGUUGGUGUCAAACUUAUUUGCGACGGUAUCAUUGAUGCUUGUACUGCGUAUCUCUCGCAGCCCUACUCCCCACUGCCGGCUUGCUUUCCACCUCCGAUCUGGGAAAGAGGGUACCUUGAGCCUGUUGUCAAGGAAGCUGACGGUCUCGGGUUGCAAAUUGCGCUCCAUGCCAUCGGAGACGCAGCAAUCAAGAUGGCCAUUGACUCCUUAGAGAGGCACCACCUCCGUGGAAUGUUCCACCUUGUUUCACACCUUGCCACCGACUUGGUCGUCUCACAUUUGUGA